AUGCAAACGUCGUCGAAGACCAUCUCUGCGGCUCUGCAACUGGUGGACGCCAAGAAAGAGAAUUUGAAGAAAGCCUACGACGAUCUCCAAUCCCAUUCCUCUCUCCUCUCUUCCUCCUCCUUCCCUCUUUCUUGGUCGCAAAUCGACUCCCACUUCACCUCCCUCCACAACUCCCUCUCUGAACGAUUUCACCUUCUUCAGACCCUCGAAUCCCAACAGCAGCACACUCACCCACCUUCCUCUCCCUCCAAAGAUCCCACCUUUCCACCCUCCCGCUCCGACCCAUCAUCGCAAAACGACGUCGCAUUGCCCAAACCCCACGCGGAACGCAUUAUCGCCCUCUGCAGCAGCGUGGACGGAAAAGGGUUGCGGGACUACGUUGGGGAUCAUUUCAAAGACAAGGUUGCGUUCGAGGUUGACCUUCAGACUGCCCUCAAGCGUGCUUCCGAUCCCGCUUCGAUGAUUCUCGAUGCACUGGACGGUGUCGUGGGUGCGAAUGUGGUGAAAGAUGACAAGGAAUUGCGCAAAAGGAAGCGGACUUGUGGGUUCUUGUUUCAGCAGUUGAGGGCUGCGUCCGUUCAUGUGAGUUUUAAGGUGCUUAAGAGAGCAAGGAGGUUGUUGUGUGGAGUGGAAGGGGAGCUUGCCCAGUUGCAGGUGGUGAAGGUGUUGGGG